AUGGGUGAAGCAGUGGUGGGCUUGAUCGGCAUGGGCGACAUGGGAAAGAUGUACGCUCGCCGGCUCAGUGAGGCCGGAUGGAGAGUACACGCCUGUGACCUCCCAGACAAGUAUGAUUCGUUGGUUGAGGAAUUCAAGGACAGCGUACGAAAUACCUUCCUGCCUAUACUGUAUAUAGCUCUUGCAAUGCACAACAUCUUGCUGAGGCUUUCAGCAGNNGAAAACGUAACGGUUUUCAAGAACGGCCACCACGUCUCGCGUAGCAGUGACUAUAUCAUCUACUCUGUUGAAGCAAAGAACAUUGACGCCGUCGUCGCCGCCUAUGGUCCAUGUCUGUCAAUUCCGUCUUCUGCUUCCCUUUCAUGCUAUUCGUCCUCUAUACUGACAUGUCUGGCUCCCAGCANNACCAAGAUGGGCGCUAUCGUCGGCGGUCAAACCUCCUGCAAAGCCNCCGAAAUGGCAGCAUUCGAAAAACAUCUGCCUUCAGACGUCGAAAUCGUUUCUUGUCACUCUUUGCACGGUCCCGGUGUAAACCCCAAAGGCCAGCCCUUGGUCCUCAUCCAACACCGCGCCUCGGACGCCAGCUACAACCUCGUUGCCGAAAUACUUUCUUGCUUUGAGAGCAAGCACGUCAAAUUGACCGCCGAAGCCCACGAUCGCAUUACUGCAGACACACAGGCCGUCACGCAUGCUGCUUUCUUGUCUAUGGGCACUGCAUGGGCAGCCAACAACCAGUUUCCCUGGGAAAUGCCUCGCUAUGUCGGUGGCAUUGAAAACGUCAAGAUCAACAUUACCCUCCGCAUCUAUGCCAACAAGUGGCACGUAUAUGCAGGUCUGGCCAUCCUGAACCCAGCUGCCAAACGCCAGAUCAAGCAAUACGCUGAAUCCGUGACCGAGCUGUUUAAACUGAUGCUAGGAGGUCAUAAGCAAGAGUUAAAGGAACGUAUCGAGUCAGCACGCAAAGCGGUCUUUGGCAACGCAGAUGGCAGCAAAGGACAUGAAUUGCUGCUUCAAGACGACUUGCUCGAUCAAUUCAGUCUGGGAGAGAAACCUGCUGCCAGCGAAAGAGUAAAGAAUAAUCAUCUGAGUCUGUUGGCUAUGGUGGAUUGUUGGUGGAAGCUGGGGAUUGUGCCUUAUGAUCAUAUGAUUUGCUCGACACCGGUAAGAUCUAUACUCCUUGUCCUCUUUGUUAGGGAAGAUGAUGAUACUGACGAGCAAAACAUAGNNCUCUUCCGUCUUUGGCUAGGCAUUACAGAAUACCUCUUCCGCAACCCCGAGCUGCUUGAAGAAGUCAUCGAUACCGCAAUCAACGACAACACUUUCCGCCGCGAUGACUUGGAGUUUACCUUUGCUGCUCGAGUAANNGACUGGUCCGAACGCGUCUCAUUCGGCAACAUGGACGGCUACCGCAGCAAAUUUGAAAAGAUACAGGCGUACUUUGCUCCGAGGUUCCCCGAGGCCACUCGUGUGGGUAACGAGAUGAUCAAAACUAUUGAGGAAAGCUUGAGACAGAGAAAGAGCAACGAAGGAAACUAG